CGCUGGGUGUUCGCCUUUUGUCAGCAGUGUUUUCGGAUAAAGACUAGGGUAAAAUUGUACUUCCAAGAGGACAAGAACAUCAAAACUGAUAAGUAGGUAUCUAGAGUCAAAAUCAGCACGGCUCGUCCUUGCUUGCUUGGACGUCGAGCAAGUACAAUCGUGCUGUCAUCAUUUGUUUCUCAUGUCUACUUUGAUGAAAGAACGCAAUCGUCUUUCUUAGGGUCGCAUUGAUUUGCGCGACGAAGAGGAAAGAAGUGAGAUUUUCGCGGACAGAAGUCAGCACUGAUUACAUUAUUCAACUCGUCCGCGAGCUUCUCAUAUGUUGACUUUGUAAGAUUAUUUAUUCAAGGAAAUUACACACAGACACAAAAUGCUGGGCCUGUUUCUUCUACUUCAGGUGCACAGCUAGAAACAGGGUGGAACCCUGGAGGUCAGACCCUCCUCUGGCCACCAACAUCAGAGGAAUUCCGUUUCUGUUGCUCCCUCGCAGCACGACCAGCAGCUCCUUGCUGACUACGCGCAACGUGGUGUGCCGGGGCGAACUGACGGAGAGGUGGACUUCUGGCCGGAACAACUACACCGAGAGUAAGUAGACUCUUUUCAACAUCAUGCAGCCCCCAGGUGGACCCGGUGCCCCCGCGGGGGGCUACGAGAUCCUCGGGGCCGUCAAGAUCAAGGAUGGUGUCUUCAUCGGCGAUGAGCUAGCGGCGCAAGAUCUGGAAUUUGUCGUGGCAAACAAAGUCACACACAUCAUCAACUGCUGCGGUAUGGUCACUUUUAUUUCUUUUGUUGCAUUUAUUAUUGCAAAAGGACGUUAUGCUUAUGACACAACCCCAACCACAAGCACGACUGCCUCGGCGGGGGAUGAUGUUGAAAAAUUCCUUUGUUUCGAUAAAAACUGCGACACUGCGCACAGCGAAACUACAGUGUACUAUCGCAAUUAAUAUUAUUUAAUCGUCAUCGUGAAAAUUAUCUUCUUCUAUCUCUAUUUCUCAUAUACGAGGUCGCAACGUCCCGAACCACUGGGAGUCCAUCGGAGUGGUGUACCUCACAUACUAUUGGGUGGACAACGAGAAUCAGAUUAUUCUGGACAACAAGGACGUCGUCGCCAACGAAUGCUUUCACUUUCUUGAGGAAGCGCUGGGCAACGCGGAAUCCGUGCUGAUUCACUCCGUCCGGGGACAGAGCAGGAGCUGCGUGGUACUAGAAAGGCGGGGGAAUGAUAAUGAUUUAUUAUUGGGACCAUCUUCGGUCUUCAUCUUCACGUUGAGCCCCCCCCGUGUUGAGUUGUUGAGCUUGACACAACGAACUCGUCGUGCUGCGAAGUAAGUAGAUAUGGUUGAAGCUCUAAUAAUAUGCAGGCCUUCUGAGAGACUCCUCGAAACAAAUGCAGUGCAGGGUCGAAGAAAGCAUUUUAGUUUAAUGUUUCUGAUGUUCCCGCCUUCUUCCAGGUCCUUGCCGGCUACAUGAUGCGAAAGUACUGCUGGGGAUUGCGAAAAACCAUGGAGUUCCUGACCUCUCGGCGGCCCGACAUCAGUCUCAAGCCCGCAUUUUUGCAGCAGCUGUCGCAAUACGAGCGCCGUCUCGUUGCAAAUAGCAACAAAAAGUUCACUGUGGACUGGAGUGGUAUAAAAGUUUUUUGAUCGACGCAUGGUUGUGCACCUAUACAAUUUUUUCUUUUGGUUUUUUGCAGAUGUUGCCCUUGAGGUUCGUGUGCCUGCUAUCCUGGAACUUGGAUGUCGUGAGUAGAUGAUUCUUGCCAUAUCUAACAGCCGAACAACUUAAAACAGAAACGCCCGGGAACUCGGGUUUGGAUGGGGACGAGCUGCUACUGAGGAAUACCUACAUGAACAGCCACAUCGAAAACCUCAGCAAAAAGGAGGAUAAACGUAUUAUUGGCAGAUGAAAAAUUUUGUUAUAUAUUUGAUGUUUUUUUCAACUGGAUUAAGCGAUACCACGAAGUAGAACUGAGGUGGACCCCGGUUUGUCAUUAAUUUCCCACGACGAGGAAACAAAAUCAAAAACAAAAACUGCACAGCGGGUUCUCAAAACCCCCACAACCGGCGACUGGAGUGGUCCGAUAGUGGGAAUGAUGAUAAGGGCAAACUCGAGAAAACGCCGGGGGGCGACCGUCCGCACUGCAAAACGGGGCCGAACGGACAGUUUAUACUCAAGUCGAUAAUAAAAGCAAAACUCUCAGGCGGAAGUUCGUCGACUUCUGCGGGGGCCUCAUCAUCUUCUUCCUCCGCUGGAGCUGUUGACCACGCGAUAGGCGUAGCACCGCAGCAGGCCACGACGACCAUGGGUAGUAGUAGUCAUAAUACGAGCAAUAAUAUCACGAGCACAAGUGCCAGUAGCAGCUCUACGCGCCCGAAAUUGCCGGUCGCUGCCGUGGAGCCGGUACUAUCGUCGAUAGGAGGACCAAGCACGGGCAGCGGCAUCUUGCACGCAGAAAGCAGUGCUGCGCCACAGCUCGGGGUGUCAGACCCGCCGUCGAAAAUGGCCUCAAGUCAGGGCUUCGCGUCAAGCGGUGGUGUGGAUACGGGUAUUUAUUAUUUUUCGGUCAUUUAGUACAUUUUUUGUUUGCGACGUGCAGAAGUCGUGACGAUUUUCUGAAUUGAUUUUUUUCGUUGGUUUCUUUUCUACGUGGUGAAUUUCACACCGCUCGUACGACCUCGACCACGCGGGAGUGAUUCUUUGAAUUCGCAUGUUUAUUCAACACACGACCACUCCAGGCGGCACAACGACGCAGCUUCACUCCUCGAUAGGACCAAGCGGCGUGCCAUCUUCCGUUUCUUCCGUUGAGCAGCCGGCUCCGCCCGAGCCGAGCAGCUCCGGAAAACCGUUGACAUGGCGACACGCGGAGGUGCAGCAGGCGCCGCGGCAGCAUUCAAAUACGAGCAAUAGUAUAAUUACGUCCGCACCCUCGGCGCCGCAGAACCUGCUGGCAAACAGCUCGCCCAUGCCCACACACCAAUUCGGGAGCUCGCACAGCACCAGCACCACCUCGGCGGGCAACAAGGUCACGCCGAUCUCUUACGCGCCGUUGAGUUCAACUUCCGGCGCGGGGUACCCGGGCAGCCAUGCGGGUACGUCGGGAGUUCCGAUGCACGGCAAUAUGCAGGAGGUGUCGCUGUCCUCCUCCAGUAUGCACGCCUAUGACCGGGUGAGCACCACCAGUAGCACGCGAGACGAACCCGGCUCCCCCCGGAGCAUGGUGCCCAAGCACAGCAGCUCACAGUCCAACCAGCGGCACAGCUCCUCGGGCUCACAGAGCAACAGUCGGCGACCCUCGGUCUCGCUGGACAGCGACCAGGACUCCGAGCGCCGGGUAAAAAAAGACGAACAGCAAGGCGUCUGGAUGAACAUGGCCAGAGCUACCAGGAUGGGCACUCCGCCGGAAAAGGACUACACGACGCCACAGUAAUAUACGAACAUAGAAGUAGACGUCAACAUGCUUGUUCUCAUUCGCAGAGCAGACUGCUUGAAGAUCAUCGCGGCAUGCAUAAUUUCUUGAACCUGCAUGUUUGAUUAUGCGUCCGGGGUUAAUAAGGAUAGUAAGCAGUGCUAUGAGAAGAUGGACACCAACAAAUUCAAACAGGUAUCCGAGACGGCGGGAAGCGUCGCCCAAGGUAGAGCGGUACGAUCCAAUGACGAAAGCGCGCGGAGACAGUCCGCUGCGCAAUCAGCGCCGCGACGGCAGCGUCGGCGGACGUAAAGAAGAUAUUUUUGUUUGGGAUGGACAACGAGUUCCAAGAUAUGCAGUAGAUGAAAGUUCGAAUUAUGCUAAAAUUUCUUCCAUCCUCACACAGGCUCUUCGUCCUACGAUGCCCGCGUGAAUGGGUCACCGCAGCGUCACGGCAACUACCAUGAUAUGGGCCCCGCCGCGCGCACGACGACCAGUCGCGAGCUGGGCUCUUCCUCCAACCUAGGCGGGCUACUAGGCUCCUUGCGCAGCGCCGGACCGAUGAAAGGUACAGAUCAUUUUUUGACAUGGCACGCAUUGUCUUGAUGGAGAUGUUCGAACAAUACUAUUUACGUUUGAUGCUACUUGAAGAUCUUCACGAGUUUGAGUUUCAUGGAAAAGCUAAAGCACAGGAGUUGUAGUGAAGUAAAAACGAAAUAAACCAGGACCAUCAGUCUCUUCCUCCGCAACCAGACUGGGCAUGAGCGCGUUCAGAAACGCGGGGCCGGUGAAAGCAAGCAGGGACAUGUUCUUUGACUCAAGGACAAAAUCAACGCGACCCGCAACCGCGCCGAGCACACGUAUCUAUAGAUACAAUUUUAAAAAUUGCGUCAGAGUCAAUUUUCUCCCGUGUGCCUUGAAAGAAAAACAGCAUCUGCUCCUGCAGGACUUCUUGAUCAAAUUUUUUACCAUGAAUUUUGUUUUUCAGGUGUGACUCCAGGCGGGGUGUUUGCGGCUGCCACGGGGCCGCAGUACGGUUCGCGGCCAAAUAGCCCCCUGCUGCGCCGACCGGGUUCGCCGGGGCGCCCUGCGUCGCCCUCGCGUAAUGUGGUUACUGCGUCCAAUGUACCAAAUACAAAAGCGCUGGGUCUGGAAACUUGUGAUGCCGAGUAGCGUAUCAGGAGCAGGCCACAAGUGCUGGCUCAGCAAGACAACUUUCUGAGCUUCUAGGUGUUGCCUAUUCUGCAUGACAAAGUGCGUUUCUGCAUGACAGAACAAUUGGGCUCUUGGGUGAAGUGCAUGACAGAUUUAAGAGUCAUCCCAGACAAGCAUGACAAACAUGCAUUCUUCCAGACCCAGACACUUUUGCAUUUGAUACAAUGCCAUGACGUUCCGCACGACGAAGUCCCUGUCGUCUCACAUGCGGCGCGCCCCCAGUCCCUAUGCAAGAAAAAAACUGUGUAAGUGUAAAUCUGUGAUGCAGAAAAUGCCAAACAGUUUGCACUUGUCAUGCUCGACAUGCAUGAUCGGCUCGCUCCUGUGUGUUUUCCCUUUCUAUCUGCGCAUAACAAGUUUGUCCUGUCAUGGCAGACAAACUUGUGAUGCUGUUUUCCCAAAAGACUUACAGUAACACAGUUUUUUUCUGGGAUAGUCCCACGCCGGCCUUCAAUCGGGCACCCAGUCCAAGUCGGCCGCGUUGGCGGAUGUAA